AUGCCCGACCUCCAAGUGAUAGCAUUCGCCUCGGUGACAGGCCUUCUCUUCAUUGGAACCGCAUCCUCCGUUCUCCAGGAAACCUUCCUCGACACCUCGAACCCGCUUCUGGCAAACUUACCCCAUCCUCUACACACCACCCAUUACUUCGCGAACAAGUCCAACUUUCUGAACGUAAUUUUCAUCAAACGUGCAUGGGGCUGGACAUCAGCGGUGCUCCUCUUCUCGUAUCUCUCAAGUCCGAGAAACAUACGAACCGCGAACCGCUUCGCGAAAUGGGCGAUCGAGACACUCGUAUGGAUGGUGUUCACCAGCUGGUUCUUUGGUCCUGCUCUGUUUGAGCGUGUCCUUGUGGCCUCAGGAGGAGAAUGCAUGGUCUCACUACCAUCUGGUGACCACGUUACUGUCCCCCACGACCUCUGCUACUCCAAACGCACCGUCACGAUCGAAUCACACCCUCAGUUGUUCUCCUCCGUCAGCUUGCUUCCCGACGCAGGCUGGAGCGGUCGGCCACGUCUACGCAAGGGUCAUGAUGUAUCUGGACACAUCUUCCUAUUGACUAUGUCGGUGCUGUUCCUCACGAAUCAGCUUCGGCUGUCCCUACGCACGGAUUCAAGAACAUGGCCUGCCCUCCACUACUUCGCAGUGGGCGCAAACGUUGCUUUGAUCGGAAUAUGGUUGUUCGCUAUCUGGACUACCGCGCUGUAUUUCCAUUCACCAUCGGAGAAGGUGUCUGGAUAUUUCUUAGGUCUUGCCGGUUAUUCUGCAUCCCGUAUCUUCUAA